AUGCAGGAAUGCGCUUUGCUCACGGCUUGCCAGUUUCAUAUGCCAGAUGCAACUUCAGAUGAGCGCAUGUAUGCGCUUGUACAGCUGGAACAUGCUGUGUCACAGCGCGUGUUACACGAGUUACCCAAGGUUCGCCAGCAAGCGAAAGAGAAUGGAACGCGGCGUGCUAUGUUUUUUAUCCAGGUUGAACGCUGUUGCGACUGGGCCGUGUACCACCAUGGAGUUCGAACUUGCCUGGCGGAGCAUUUGCUCAGCCUCCUGGGUAGACUUCACAUACUCUUGAAACUUUCACCAACGGCGUCUGAUGAUGGUAAUUCACUCGCAUCAGAAAUGGGAUGUGCACUAUCGAUUCUACAAGGGGUUUGCCUCACCAAUGAGACGAGCCGGCAGCUCUGUUCGUCUAAGAGUUCCCUCGCUCUGUUCUUGGGCAUUGUGAAAGCCGAGUACAGUCAAUCCAAUGAUUCAUCAUGUGCUUUGGGGCUGCUUAUCCCACAUACCCUUGAUACCCUUAUGUGCAUUCUCGUCGAUGCACCAACAGAUGUGCGCCGCGCGUUUGAACAUGCGCAUGGCUUGUCGAUUGUGCGCCGCGUCAUGAAUGCACGUCCCUCGCCCAGCGCAGAUGCUGCCAAUAUGGACACAACGGGCGCCAAAUGUAUUGAGUUUCUUUUGUUCUAUUUGCAGGCCAAAGAAUUCGAGCAGCAGGCGAGCCAGCAAUUGUCUGGCAGUACAGCGCAAUCCGUAUUUCGACCUCCUGAAACACCCAAGCCCAAGCGUGGCCAUGCGCGUUCCAGGUCGGCUAUCACAGCUACCCCGUUCUACACACCUCUUGCUACCCCUAGGUCCAGACAGCAACGUGUCUUGUCCUAUGGAUCACCAACAAAACAUGUGGCCCAAGGCAAGUUAGCCAUGCCGCCUGAGGCCAAUCCCUUUUUACAUGCGCAGUCUCGCGUUCGGGAACGUGAGUCUUCGGAUAUGUUGCAGACACCUCGUGCAUCUACACGCCACCUUGACAGAGAGACCUCCAAUCCGUAA